UUUAUUGAAGAAAAGAGUUAAGAAAGAAAUGACCAAAACGAAAUCUGAUACAAGAGGAAGGUGGAGAUGAAUAAUGACGAAUGAGGCAUGAAAAGAAGGUGUCGUUAAGUUUAGAAUAAGAAAAAAUGAAAGUAAAAGUAAUUCCAUAUUGUUUGCAGCAAAGAUGUGGCUCUCAAAAAGUGUUAGGGUUUCUCUUCUUCCUUCCAUUGCCAAGUUUCCUCCUUUUCUUCCAAUGCACAAUUCCCUCUUUUGCUCUCACUCUCACUCUCAAACUUCCUCACACGACGAAGCCGUCUCACAAUUCAAUCGCUUGCUUCGUCAGCGUGAUGUUCCUCCGAUCGAAUUUGGAAAGAUUUUGGGAUUUCUUGUGGAGAUGAAGCGGUACCCUACUGCUAUUUCUCUUAUUAGGCAAAUGGAGCUUAAGGGAAUUCACAAUAACCUUAUUAGACUCAGCCUCCUCAUCAAUUGUUUCUGUCACUUACACAAAUUGGGUUUCGCUUUCUCUGUAUUUGCCAAAAUUCUCAAACGGGGUUAUCAUCCAAAUGCCAUAACCUUAAAUACACUCAUGAGAGGUCUAUGUGAUAAGGGUGACGUCAAGGAAGCCCUUAACCUUCAUGAUAAAGUAAUAGUACUGGGAUUUCGACUCGACCAAUUUACUUAUGGGAUACUGAUCAAUGGAUUGAGCAAAAUAGGUAAAACUGAAGCCGCCAUCGAAUUGCUCAGAACCAUUCAAGGUCCAUCAACAGUAAUGUAUAACAUUAUUAUUGAUUCUUUAUUAAAAGAGAAACGUCCAAAAGAAGCUUAUGAUUUCUAUUCCGAGAUGGUUAUCAAAGGAAUUUCUCUUGAUCUUUUUACUUAUAGUAGUCUAAUUUAUGGCUUUUGCUUAGUAGGAUUUGUAGAAGUAGCAUUUGGUUUCCUAAAUGAAAUGCUAUCAAAUAGUAUCAGGCCGGAUGUUUAUACUUAUAAUAUAUUGAUUGAUGCAUUGUGUAAGGAAAGAAAGCUGAGAGAAGCCAAAAAUGUUUUAGGUGUGAUGGUGAAAACUUAUGUAAAACCUAAUGUUGUUUGCUUUAAUGCUCUAAUGGAUGGGUAUUACUUAGUUAAUAAAGUGAAGAAUGCUAAACAAGUAUUCAGGGCAAUGACGCACAUGGGAGUCAGUCCUAAUGUUAGGACCUACAAUAUCAUGAUAAAUGGACUUAAAAGGAACGAAAGGGUGGAUGAGGCCAUAAAUCUUUUUCAAGAAAUGCAGAACAGGAAUAUUCUUCCCGAUACUGUGACUUACAAUACUCUUAUUGAUGGUUUAUGCAAAACUGGAAGAAUCUCUCAUGCUUGGGAUCUUUUUCAUGAGAUGCAUGAUACAAAUCAACAAGCAGACGUAAUCACUUAUACUUCUUUGAUUGAUGCUUUAUGCAAAAAUUAUCAUCUAGGCAAGGCAAUUGAAUUAUUGAGGAAAAUGAGAGAGAAUGGAGUUCAGCCCAAUAUGUACACUGCAAAUAUACUUAUUGAUGGGAUGUGUAGAGAGGGGAGACUUAAGAAUGCACAAGAGAUUUUUCAAGAUCUAUUGAAUAAAGGUCACAAUCCCAACAUAUGUACUUAUAAUAUUAUGAUCAAUGGUCUUUGUAGGGAGGGUUUGAUUGAUGAGGCAUUGACCUUGUGGUCCAAAAUGGAAGAAAGUGGUUGCUUAUCUAAUGUUAUAACUUUCGAAAUAAUAAUCUAUGCUCUCUUUAAGAAGGGCGAGACUGAAAAAGCAGAGAAAUUUUUGCAUAAAAUGAUCGCUAGAGACUUGUUGAAAUGAUGAAAGGUGACACCUUAUUUCAAUAACAAGUAACAUUUAUGUGUUUGCUGUAGAAUGUGCAAGAAUGGUUUGUAAAUUUUGUAUUAGAUGAGUUGGUUUAGACUGUAAACUCUGUUGAUGAUGUUUUCCUGGUCAAGGGUUGAUACAUUUUUAUUUUUUAUCCUGCAUUUUUAUUGCUAUCAAACUUCUAUUUCUUUUGACAUUACAUUUUAUUUGUAGAAUUUGUUUAACUAAGCAUUGCAAAGGUAGAAAUCAAUGAUUUUAUUGUCUUUCAAGACCAAAACUGUGACCUCCCUCCCUAUAUAAAAAAUCUUGAUGAUUUUUCUAUUUCCAACUGUUUGAUAUUCUCCAUUCAUGUAUGUCAGAGACCAAAUAUGUUUUCUCUUUAGGGCCAGGGAACCAUUCCCAAAGAAUAAGCACACUUACGAAGUUUGGGAAUCUUAACCUUCGCAAUAAUCAUCUUCAUGAUAUGUCUAUGCCUAAAGAACUUUUAAGUCUUUCUCAAUUCUCCCGAUAGCAGAAUCUCACAUGUCUAUUUCUUACUCUCACUAUUAAUUGCUGGUUUAAUACCACCAGAACUUGGUAAUUUAGCACAAUUGGAUACAUUGUUUAUCCAUAAUAAUUGUCUAACUGGUUCAAUCCAUUCUACAUUAGGUCUAUUGAAGAACAUGGUCAGAUUUUAUGUUGAUUCAAACCAAUUUGCAGAUAUAUAACUUGGAAAUUUGACACAAUUAAUGGAAUUACAUCUAUCAAAUAAUUUACUACAUUUGCUAGAUGAGUGUGCCUUUUUUUUUUUUUUUUUUUUGUUCAUAGAAUUUGAAUUAUUUCUCCAUGUUGUUCCCACCAGAGUUAUUUGGAAAAUUUCCUGGUUUGUUUUUUUUUCCCUUAUACUUUGAUUUCCCAUAUACUUUGAUUUCUUUCUCCUUAAAACCUCUGCCGUAUGAACAUUAUGCAGCCUAUUAUCUCACUUCAUAACCUGGAGAUGAUCAAGCUGAAGUCUAAAAGAACUAGAGAUAUACCACUUCUUUUGUGUAGGAAGGAUCAUGGCACAAAUUCCUUUUAUUCCAGUUGCUGAAGACUAAUCUAUAGUUUCAACAAUGCUGUUGGCACCAAGUGCAUGGCUGUCAGAGUUGGAAACCAAAGUAAUCAAAAAGUCAAAUAGAUUCGUGGCUAUAACUGCCGAUGUUAAGUCCUCUUUGUGCAAAAUCCCCAACGAAGAGCUCACAAGCCUUGGAGAAAAUAAUUGGAGCGUCCCCUGAUAUCAUUUUAACAUGCUCCCCUGAUUUCUUCAUGAUCUUCUUUAUCCUUGCCAAGGGCAGAGAGUGGAGCCCUGUCCUUCCAGAUAUCCCUCCACACAGUAACCCUGAAUAUGCACCAGCUUGUUUCAUAUAUGCUCUACUUCACUACUGUGUGUUUCUGAGCUAACUUCAGUUUUAAUGUUUCUAAGAUACUCUUAGUUGUAGCAUCAGUGUCAAGUUUCAGUGUUAUAUAUACUCCAUUUUCAUUGAAUCCUUCACAGUUUCAUUCCAAUAACAUUGUCGGCCAAGACUAAUUUGGCUGGCUAAGUGGAUUUAUAAGAAAUAAUUAUGAAUCUUUAACUCCAACAUUAUUAUUUUAUUUAUAUAUUUGUUGCUUGUGUCUAGAAACAUUAGGGAUCGAGAAGUGUAAAAUGAUUAUGUAAUGAUUUGACUUAUUUCUUGGUAAAGCAUUAUCAAUAAUGACAAGGGUUCUUCCCUACAAGUAAUUAGCAAUAUGAAACGAUUGCUUAAUCAAAGAAAUAUUUUAGGCACAGAUACAGUUUUUUGGACUUACAAUCUGCAACAAUCAGUUCUCUAAAAUUGGACCUGUCAUUUUAUUUUUGGGUCCCAAGGCCAGCCUUGGCCUUUUCUAGACUUAGGCCAAUUUUCUUGGCCUACAGUUCACACAGCCCCCAUGAAAUGGGUUGCCAUUCCACUAGGGUUGAGUCAACCCCUAAAUGCACAUUUUUUUCUGCACAAACAUUUCUCCACUGAUGGAGCUCGACAGUAGUACUGGCAGCAGCACACAGUGAAGUUUGACAGCAUCACAGUUCGAUGGCAGCACUUGACGACAGGACACGGUGAGUCUCAUAGGGUGUCAAACAUCUCGUGGGCUUUCUUAACCCUUUGAAACUCCUUUUUAGCUUCUUUGGAUGCUUGAGCUGGUCUAUCUUUUAACUUGUCCAGAGUCUCUUGGCAUGAUUUUAAAGGUGUGACUGCCAUCAAAGUUCUUACAUCGUUGUCUUCUAUCUCUGUCCCAACAAAAUUAUCUUGCAACACUAAGUCAGUGAGAAAAAAGAAAACCAGAUAGAUGAAAUGUGAAGUAUAUUAAAACAGAGAUUACCCUUUUGUGCUCUAGCCUUUAUGGAGCGUGAGAUUAUACCCAGCUCAUACCUAUUUCCGUCUUAAGCCUAGUAUAGUCUAGUUUAGAAUAUCUUUGUUUUAGUUGGUGUAGUUCUUUUAACAAUUUUUGUUUUACAAAUUCCAGCAGAUAGUUUUGUUUUUCCUUUAGAAUGAGUUAGUAUAAGUACCAUGUUUUGAUUCUCCUUAGGAAGUAGGUAGGUUAGUUUACAUUCAACUCUAUAUUGAUGAAAUGAAUUUGCUUAGUCUAGUUUAAUUGUAGUUUUUGUUUCUGUAAUUGAAUCUUGCUAAGUCCAGUGAAUUUUCUUGUUGUAAUAGUCUAGUAGCAUAGUUAAAUUCUGCAGUUUUAAUUUUUAAUAACUAGAAAGAUAUAAUUGUAGAUUAGUUCAGUGAAUCUGAGUUCUUUAAAUAAAGAUUAGAGCUAGUUAGAAGUAGGAAGUUAAUUUUUAGAUUGUUCUGUUUUACUGCAGUACUUUUAGGCUAGUGUAGGGGUAUUUUCAGAUUUUGGUUUUAUAAUUAUAGAGAGUAGAUAAUUUUGAGAAUGGUUUCUAAUGGUAAAUUUAGGUUUGUUAGCAUAGUUAUGAUAAUGUUUUGGUAGUUUUAGCAUUAGGAUAUAUGUUGAGGACAAUUUUAAAAUUUUAUAAGCAACUACUCUGACAUUGCAUGCUGGUAUAAUUUGACAAGGUGCAAUGCUACAAAGAAGCUGCUAACAUAUAUUAGAAGAAUAAUAUAUAUUAGAUUUUGCUGUAUCGAAGUAUCUGACACUUAUCGGAUAUUGAUGUUUCCGCCAUAAUUGUAUAGGCAAAAGCUACGAAUAUAUCAUUUCACCCAUUUAAUGUAUCUUUGGUUUUUAGCUCAUGUAAAACCAACUUGAUAAAAUGUUUCACAUUGUUAAGGGUCUCGUGUUUAAUUGCAAGUUACUUAUUCCAGAUUUUGUCUCUUUUUUAUUCAUUUUUCCAGAUUUGCACAUUUUCCCAUCUUGCUAGCUUAGCUCUCAGUUUUAUAUUAAUUCCAAAGUGACAUUGAUUUUAUGAACUGAUUGUCUUGGGAAUUAUUUGAAGAGUUGUUUAAUCUUCAGAAAGUUGUUCAAUAGUUUUUGGAGUCUCGAGGGAUAAGUGCACAAGUUUGAAUGAAUAAGCUACUCGUGCUUUAAGUGUUCAACCGUGCUGAUUUCAUGGUCUCAUCAUUGAAAGUUUUUU